GCUUGUUGCAACCUAUAUCCAGCUGCGUGUUGACGUCUUCUCAUCACAAGAGCCAACUCUAUGCCUGCUAACUUGUACAUAUUCUUCGCUAUUUAGUCGUCUGUGUUCCCCUGCUUCAGACUAAUAAUUACCCCUCAUCUCAUUCUUCCCCGAUCGUCCAUAUAUCUAUUAUAUAUACACAUCCAUAUAUAUAUAUAUGCCAAGGUAGCACCACAUACAUCCAUCAUGCCUACCCCCGCAACCAUCAACGUAGCCUUGCGCAACACCACAUCCUCCAACAAUGUCUACGCCUUCGUCACCGGCCGCGCCCUCGACAACAACAACGCCCUCUUCCUGCUGUCCUCCGACGGCCGCACCCCGUACUACCCAUCCUCCCCCUCCGACACCGUCCAGCCACUACAGCGCGACAUUGCCAUCCCCCUGGGCGCCGUCAACAACACCGUCACCAUCACCGUGCCCCAUCUCGCCGGCGCCCGCAUCUACUUCUCCAUCGACGCCAAGCUGCAAUUCUACCUCAACCCGGGUCCCGCCCUCGUCGAGCCCUCCGUCACUAACCCCUCCGACCCAAACCUGACCCUCAACUGGGGCUUCUGCGAAUUCACCUACAACGACGCCCAGAUCUUCGUCAACAUCUCCUACGUCGACUUCGUCUCCAUCCCCAUCGCCCUCGCCCUCACCUCCGUCAACUCCCCGCCCCAGUCCGUCGCCGGCAUGCCAAAAUCCGGCCUCGAUUCCGUCUGCGCCCAACUCCGCCAGCAAGACGCCACCGACUCCGCCGGCUGGUCCCAGCUCAUCGUCCAGUCUCCAUCCAACAACAACAAACCCCUCCGCGCCCUCAGCCCAAACACCGCCAUCGUCCGCAACCCGCAUCUCUUCGAGGGCUACUACGACCCCUACGUCGCAAGCGUCUACUCCCGCUUCACAUCCACGACCUUGCGCGUCAACACCCAGGCCGCCUUCGGCACCCUCGCCGGCCGCGUCUCCCCCGACGGCUCCACCCUGACCAUCGGCUCCCACGCCUUCGCCCGGCCCUCCGCCGCAGACAUCUUCUCCUGCUCCACAGGGCCCUUUGUCGAGCUUGGCUCCGUCGAGCGCGGCGCCAUCAUCGCCCGUCUGGCCGCGGCGUUUAAUCGCUCUGUCCUGCUGAACACGGAUAUCAUUCCUGACGGCAGCUCGUCCGCGGCGCAGUACUAUGCGGAUCCGCGCACGAAUCAUUAUGCGCGUGUUGUGCAUGCGGUCAAUGAUUCCGGGCGGGGAUAUGCGUUUCCGUAUGAUGAUGUUGCGCCUGAUGGUGGGGUUGAUCAGAGUGGGAGUGUGUUUUCGGGGGAUCCGAGCUUGUUGACUGUUACUGUUGGUGGGGCGUGAUGGGUCGGUUGGGGGUGCGUCAGUAGGUAGGUAGGGGAUCCGGUCUGGGGAUCAUGUAGAUAUCUGGUGCCUGGUAGAGUGCUGAUAUGAUGUUGCGGAACAGUGCUGUAUAUAUGAUGAUUUGGACGGCGACGUAUAUA